AUGCCUCAACUCAACCCCUCCCCUUGAUUUAUAAUCUUAAUCUUUUCAUGAUUAGUAUUCUUAGCUUUCCUCCCAACAAAAAUUAUAUCUCACACAUACCCCAAUAAACUCACCCCAGAGACUAAAGAAGCCUCAUCUAAUAACCCUUGAACCUGACCAUGAUAG